AUGAGAGGUGGGAGUCUAUGGCAGCUAGGGCAAUCCAUAACCCGUCGUCUUGCUCAAUCCGACAAGAAAGCUGUGUCACGCCGCUACUUCGCCUCUGAUGCUGACCUGAAAAAAACCGCUCUUUACGACUUCCACGUCGCUCACGGCGGAAAGAUGGUUCCUUUUGCUGGUUGGAGUAUGCCAAUUCAGUACAAAGAUUCGAUCAUUGACUCAACGGUUAACUGCAGGGUUAACGGGAGUCUGUUCGAUGUUGCUCACAUGUGUGGUUUGAGCCUUAAGGGCAAAGACUGUGUUCCUUUCCUCGAGACGCUCGUGGUCGCUGAUGUGGCUGGUCUGGCUCCUGGAACCGGGAGCUUAACCGUGUUCACAAACGAGAAAGGAGGUGCCAUUGAUGACUCUGUGAUUACCAAGGUGACAGAUGAGCAUAUCUACUUGGUGGUGAAUGCUGGUUGUAGGGAUAAGGAUUUGGCUCACAUUGAAGAACACAUGAAGGCUUUCAAAUCCAAAGGCGGUGAUGUCUCGUGGCAUAUCCACGACGAGAGAUCUCUUCUCGCCCUUCAGGGUCCUUUGGCUGCUCCGGUGCUUCAACACUUGACUAAAGAAGACUUGAGCAAGCUUUACUUUGGGCAAUUCCAGAUUCUGGACAUCAAUGGUUCCACGUGCUUCCUUACCAGGACCGGGUAUACAGGGGAAGAUGGGUUUGAGAUUUCUGUUCCAUCUGAGAACGCAGUGGAUCUAGCGAAAGCAAUCUUGGAGAAAUCUGAGGGAAAGGUAAGGCUUACGGGUCUAGGUGCAAGAGACAGUCUAAGGCUAGAAGCAGGGCUUUGUCUGUAUGGAAACGACAUGGAGCAACACAUCUCCCCUGUUGAAGCUGGUCUCACAUGGGCCAUAGGGAAACGUAGGAGAGCCGAAGGAGGGUUUCUUGGUGCGGAUGUGAUCCUCAAGCAGCUUCAGGACGGACCUACGAUCAGAAGAGUCGGUUUUUUCUCCUCGGGACCACCAGCAAGGUCGCAUAGCGAGGUCCAUGAUGAGAGUGGUAACAAGAUUGGAGAGAUCACUAGUGGCGGGUUUAGCCCGAACCUGAAGAAGAACAUAGCCAUGGGGUACGUGAAAUCGGGUCAGCACAAGACCGGGACCAAAGUCAAGAUCUUGGUCCGUGGGAAACCUUACGAAGGCAACAUCACUAAGAUGCCGUUCGUGGCCACCAAAUACUACAAGCCAUCAUGA